AUGUCAGACAUUCACUCCAGCCUAGUCAGUGGUACGGCCCAUUUCGACGUUUAUCAAGGAACGUUUGUGUAGAUGACCCUGAAUUGCAUUGCUUCUCAGUAUACGAUAAUGAAUUAGAAAUGACAAAUAUUUGGAAGAUCUAAAGUUUUCGUGUCGUGAAAGAGUUAUCUACCUAGUGUAACAGCCCAAACUGCUUGUGGUAAGGACCAGAACAAAUAGAAAAUGAGGCUGACAGGAUUGUCCCAUCUUUUAGUGGAACAACUUGCUAUAAUUGCAGCCUUAUUAGCAUACCUCACAGGUAUUGUCAGCGUCCGACCACAUCCUAUACCUCCAGAAGAUCCUUUUGCUACUCAAGAGCAAGGAAGAAACCAUGGGACAGCUGAUAAACCUAUUGAAAAGGUUGUGUUGGUCAUCAUAGAUGCUUUAAGGACAGAUCACUUGGCACUGACCAAUCAGCCACUAAUGCCUCACAUGUAUGACUUGUUGACACGUGGAAAGGCAUAUGGAUUUGUUCUCCAUACUGCCACACCUACUGUUACACUGCCUAGAAUUAAGUCACUUGUGACUGGAAGCAUUCCAGGUUUCAUGGAUAUAAUCACCAAUUUUGGAGCAGGUGAAUUGGUUGAUGAUAACCUCAUCCAACGGUGGGUUGAUGCUGGCAAACGCAUUCAUUUUUAUGGUGAUAAUACAUGGCUGAGCCUCUUUCCGAAGCAGUUUACAAAAUAUGAUGCCGUCACAUCGUUUUUUGUUUCAGAUUACACUGAGGUUGAUAGGAAUGUAACUCGGCAUAUUCCUAAUGAGAUGAAAUCAGAUGAUUGGGAUGUCCUUAUCCUGCACUACCUGGGUCUUGAUCAUAUAGGUCAUUUGGAAGGUCCCAUGAGUUCCUUGAUUGGUCCUAAAUUACUAGAGAUGGAUCGCGUACUUCAUGAUAUUCAACAAGGACUACAAAAAAAGGAAAAGCCUUACUUAGUUCUGGUGUGUGGAGACCAUGGCAUGAGUGAUGCGGGUGGGCAUGGAGGUUCUUCUCACUCAGAAGUCACUACUUCAGCAAUGCUGUUUUCUAAUACUUUUGGAAAGGUUAUGGGCGGCAAACCACGAGAAGUUAAACAGGUAGAUGUUGCUUCUACUCUUGCUUUUCUGACAAAUGUUGAAGUUCCUGAAGGCAAUGUUGGACGCCCCAUAACUGAAGUUGUCUCUCAUCUUGAUAUAAAGAAGAGAAUGCUUCUUCAUCAUAAUGCUGCAAAACAACUGCUAAGUGUUGCUCGUGGGUCUGGUCUUAGUGUUAAUCAUGAUAAUGCUGAUUUACUUUUUGAAGAAGCAACAAAACUUCACAAAGAAGUAUUAGAAAAAUUGAAUAAGGAUCCUCCAGAUGAGGACUAUAAAGAAUCAGAGGCAAAGAGAGUGCUGAAGUUUUAUCAAGAGUGUGAACAAAUGGCUUCAGACGCUUUAACUUCAAAAUUGCAGAGUUACGAUCUUCCUACAAUUUUUUCUUCUACAAUUAUUGUUAUUAUGGUUUUGACUGUGUCUGUGUGGAGGAUGUGUACUGGUGUUCUAUUCACAGACAACAUUAGUGGAAUAAGUAUAAUUUGCUGUGCAGGAUGCACCUUGUUGUUAUGGCUUUUGUCUUGUGCAGCAACCACAAAUUCUCACAUUUGCCACCUCUUGCGACCAACACCCUGGCUGCUGACGGUUUCCAUUAUUUAUAUAAUGGUGAUGGUAUCUCAGGUGUUUCAUGCAAGGUUACCAGAGCCUAAUCAGGAGCAAUUGGUUCCCUCUUCUUCUGGAGUUGGGACUCCGCCCUCAACGGAUUCCCAACCCCAGACUAUCACAGCUAGUGCAAACGCGAACUGUGUUCGCUUCCUCAGGAAUUCAGAAAGCCCUAACUUUAUGGACUUCAUGAAGUUUGCAGCACAGAGGGAUGCUGAUAUCGAUCCUCAGAACAUCAUGUUCUUAGAAUCUGAUAAACGUGAAUCAACCUUGCGUCAAUAUGAUUCAGCAGUUAAAAAACUGGCUGUAUUCUUGAGGGACUCUAAUGCACAAACCAUGACCACGAAUCUCACAAUAUCCUUUUUCAGAUCAUUAUUUGAAAAAGGUUUGGCAGCUAGUACCAUUACUACUGCCAAAUCGGCUUUUAAAAAGAUUUUCCAAUUCGGAUUCAAGAUAGAUUUAACAGAUUCAUACUUUACAUCUAUCCCCAAAGCUUGUGCCAGACUUAGACCUACUGAGAGGCUCAAGUCUGUGUCAUGGUUUUUAAAUGAUGUACUUGAAUUAGCCUCGGACACUAAUAGUAGCUCAUGUGACUAUCUAUCCCUCCUGAGGAAAACACUGUUCCUUAUAAGUUUGGCCUCAGGAGCCAGAAUAUCUGAACUGUCGGCUCUAUCUAGAGACCCAGGUCAUGUAGAGUUUCUCCCUUCAGGAGAAGUGUUACUUUCUCCAGAUCGCCAAUUUCUUGCAAAAAUUGAGGAUCCAAUAGAUAGCAGUUCGUGCUAUAAUGUAAUUUCAUACUUUUUUUUUCAGAGAAAUGGUGGAUUGGAAAGUGUCUCUUAUUUCCUUCUGAUUGGAACAGGAUUUCACAUUAUUAGUCUUUUAGGCACCAGCUUAGUUGAGGAGGAACAUCAGACACUGUACUUCCUAACAACCAGCCUUCAUUUUUCACUUAUUGUAAAACUUUUAAUUCAGGGAAUGAAACCAUUGCAAAUGUACCAUAGUAAAGCCCAAGGAAAGGAACGGUUACCUUAUGAGGCAGAUGUGGACACUAGUGAGGGAGAAUUACCAACAAGUGUCGGAAAAAAAGGUAAACGGGAAUCAGUGUUACAGAAACUCAGAAAGUCACCUCACAAAAUAGUAGUGUUGUUGAUAAUAAGCGUCACAUUAAGCCGACUCAUGAGAUCAUGGAAUUCAACUGGGGAUAAAUGGAAGCAUCUAGAGGAUUUAGGAGAUGGUAUCCGUGCCUCAGGAUCUUCCAUGCUAGCGCUUGUUGUGCUCAGUGGCUUAGUAGUGGCAAUCUUUCUGUUUUCUGAAACUUGUUUGCCGCUAGUCCUCGUUACAUGUGGAUGUAUAUUUGGUCGUCAUUUUCAGUGGAGUGGUAAAAGUUCUGAAUUUGGUGUAUUAGAGGCUCAAAUAUCUUACUUAGUGCUUUUUAUAUUAUUUGUAUAUGGUCUCCUGAGAGCUGGACUGAUAACAUGUAAAGCUCAUGACAGUAAAUUGCAAAAAUUACCUGAUGUGUAUGACCCUGAAGAAGAGAAAAUCAGCAUAGUGUUGAAAUAUACUUAUGCAACAGUUUGCCUUUUGUGCUUGCUCCUCCAAAGAGCAGACAAUGUGGGGCUCAUUUCCCUAGUGUUUCUACAGAAUCAUAUUGUCAGUGCAGUCUUGUGUAAACUCGUAACACAUUGCAUAAUCUCAAAGAAGAUGGCAGCACUAGCAAUCAAUUGGCUGGCUUUUGCACAUUUCUUUUACCAGGGAAAUAGCAAUAGCUUAACUACAAUCGACAUAAGUGCUGGGUUUGUUGGAGUUACUUCUUACCAUCCGGUACUCCAUGGUAUUCUUAUUGCAACUCAGACGUUUGGUGGAAGUUUCCUAACUUACCUUAGCUACUUAACUCAUAUCAUCUCAAAGGAUGGCCAGAAGGAAAGAUGGCAACAGCCUUUGUAUGUUUGGUGGGCUGUACGCCUUGCUACAAUCAGCUUAUACCUGAUUAAUGUGACCUUCCAGCGCCAUCACUUGUUUAUCUGGUCUGUCUUCACACCAAAACUUCUUUAUGAAGGUGCCCAUUUGUUGGUACUUUGUAUUCUCACAUUUUUUAUGUGGGGAGUUGAAAAAAUAUGUACAAUCUUGGAAGUUAGCUAUAGAUUUGAGUAAUUCAUGAAUACACUAUUUUUAUUUUUAAGAUAUUUAAAUAAAAAUGAGAAAUCCCUGGUCUUUAAUGUCAUAUGUUGUUAUUGUACAUGUGUCAAGGUUACAGAAUUUGUUUAUCUUUAAUAAAAGUAUGUAAGAUAACUUUAAUAAAUGUAUGUAUGAGUUAUGUCAGCAUUACGUACUUAACUCUUCAACAAUUUAUGUCUGAAUAUUAAUAUAUUUGUCAUGAGUAAAGUCAUAGUUAGCUGACUCACCCUGUUAGGGGAUUUACCAUUUGCAGUGUGCAUUGUAUAAGAAUGUAGAUGGUACUAACUAAAUGUACUUUGCAGCAUCUUUUCAGACCUCAGCUGCCUUUCCAUUUUCAUGUAAUUUCUCCAUUGGUUUCUUUUGGACUAGCCAACCAACUUCCUUCCUGAUUUUCAGUUGCAAUUUAAGAAGAGCCCUUUAAGUGUUUUGAAAUAUUGCCGAUUGUUUUUUUUUAUUUCUGUGCAAUAAUGAAAAUACACAACUUAGAUUAAGAAUCUAUCACUGAAAUUUUAUCCAAUAGUUCCUCCUCCUAACUGUAUAUAGGUGUACAAGCUCUGCUAAAAGUUAAGCUUGAAGUACAUUAUGUUGUUGUACAGUUAAUGGAAUUUUAAAUGAGGAAGAAAUGAAACUUACUUUUGGCAAACGUCCAGUUUUCUUUCAACAAAAAGACUCAUUACGAAUGCAGUACAAUAGGUAAAACAUUUGAUUUUUUUAAAAGCAUUGUUAUUGUCAAUUUUCUCUUCAAAAUUCAGUUCAAAAAUCUCCCCUAAUGAGUGUCAAGGAUUUAGUAGCAAGUGACUAUUUAGGUAGUCAAUGUGGAUUUUGCCAAUUAUUGUUGAAUUUUUUCCUGAAGUUUUGAUUCAUAAAUCUUCCCUCAUGAUUAUCAAGUCUUCAGUAGCAAAAGACUUCGUUUAUGAAGUCACUGUGAAUUUUGGGUUUGUGGCAAUAUUGAAGGUUUUACCAAGUAAAAUAAAAUUUUCCCUAAAGUAAAAGAACUUUUAAGAAAUGGAUUUAAGAAUUGGAAACUUAAAGUGAGGGAUGAUUUCCUUAUUCAAGUGUACACUACAUUCAUGAUUUGAUACAAGUUUUAGGGGAAACCUAAACUCCAUAAAGUAAAGCAUGAAGAGAUUUUUCAGUAAAGUUAGUUACUUUACUUUUGAGCAACAACCAGAGACUAAAAUAUACAGAACUAAGGAAAGAGGCUUUCUCAAAUUAGUUUCUGAAAAGAAUAAGUUAUAAAGAAUUUUAUUUAAUAGCUGAUAUUCCAUCUGAACUCGAGUCAGGGGAGUUUUAAAAAUUUUUUGGUCUUCACGAUGUGUACAGAAUCUGCAAUAAUGUGAAGCUUGACAAUUUAUCAUUUGGCCAAUGUUGAAGUGAACAACCUCAUAAGGUAAAACUGAAGUAGGUAAUAUAAUAAUGGCAGAGAAGUAUUUACCAAAUGAAAACUACCUCACGCAAGCAACCUAGAAUACACAGCAUAUUCAAGUCUUAAUCUUUGCAGCAUUGUAUAGGGAGCAGUGGUAAAAGAGACUGGUCCCAAGCUGGAUGAUAGCAGAUAUGAAUGUGGACUUUAUAACUUGUAUGGCAUUACCAUGCACAAUACAUUCAUAAUACAAUGCUUUUCAUAAACUUAUGUACUCAUACUGUCAAAAAUUACGGUCAUAUAUAAAAGAGUCAAGAGAGCACAUUCAAAUCCUAAGCGUAUUAGAUACUACCCCAAAGUUGGGCCAAGGUGCCUUCAUUUUUCCCUCAUAUUAGGGCUAGUGGUGUAUGGAGGCUGACUCAGGUCUUAACAAUAGCUGGUCUAAAUGUAGUUUGAUAAAAAAAAUGACAAAUUUUAAAUUAAUUUGUAUUUUUCAUAAUUAACAAACCUGCGGUCUUAACAUAAGGGAGGGGUAGCCGACCUACCUUAACCCAUUUUGGGUCCCCUCGAGUUUUCUCCUCCACUCUCUCAGUGUCCACUUCAUCAAUUAACUUACUCUCUGAGUUUAGUGAAACAUCUAUCUCUUCAAGGCAAAGUGAAGAAAAUGAUGGAAAAAGGAGCUGUGGAGAUUGUUAAGGACAUAUCUGCAGGAUUUCCCAAAGCUACGGGUGAAUGGAGAUCAGAAAGAUUUUGUGCUCACAUUAGAUCUAAAGGAUGCAUAUUUCUAGAUUCAAAUCCUUCAAUCUUCCCAGAAGUAUCUUUGCUUCAGUCUGGGAGUGUGUGUUCACCAAUUCAAGGUUGUUUGCUACACUCUUUCAACUGCUCCACAAGUCUUCACCAGAGUUUUGCACCCUAGUUUUGACUUGGGCACAUUCUUAAGGAAUGUGGAUCUUAAUAUACCUUGAUGAAUGGCUAGUCCCGGCAGAUUCUUGGGUAAAGUUAAUCCAAGAUGGGGACUGUUAUCAAUUUUGUCACGGCUUAGGUAUUGUGAUAAAUUUGGAAAAGUAAAUCCUUACACCUAGUCAAAGAAUUCUUUAUCUGAGUAUGCUGAUAGACACAACAGCAGCGAGAGUAUUCCCUUCAGACCAACGACAAGAAAAGUUCAGAAACUUUGCCCAGUUCUCCCUGUCCAAACAGAUGCAACCUGCUCAUCACUGGCAGGUAACUCUAGAUUUCCUGUUGUCAUUGGAGAUGCUAGUUCAUCACUUCGACUACACAUUUCAUCACCCCAAUGGAGCUUAAGGAGUUUUAGUCCCCUUAAAAGGAUCCUCCCUUGUUCCAAGUUACACUUUCUAUAGAAUAUGUGAGGCAGGACCUAGCUUGAUGGUUGGACAACAGGAACCUAACCAUAGGGGUGCCUCUCAAUUCUCCCCUUCCAGAGAUCUUCUGUUCUUGGGCACCUCGUAAGAGGAUUGGGGAGCACACUUGGACGAGAUACUAACAUCAAGAGUGUGGGAUUACCAAGACGAACAGCUUCAUAACAUCCUGAAGCUGAGAGCAGCCUUCCUAGCACUUCAAGAAUUUCAAGGUUGCACAAAUUCUUAUCAAAUUUCCAUCUAGUUCACAUCUUGUAUGUGCCCUUUCCCCAUGAUCUUCUGGACCAUCCACUUCUCAUCCUGCUACUCCAGAGCUACCAAUAAUCUGACUGAAUGCUGCUCUUCUCCUCUUCCUCAGCAUGUGCUCAGACCAUCUACAUUAUUGAGCUCUCAUUUUUCAGCCUCUGGAAACCUUUCUCAGUUACUGCAUUAGUAUCAAUCUUCUCAGCACUCCGUCAUGAACCUUGGCCUUUUGUCGCUUACACCUUUUAAAAAUAUUUUAUGUUCUUUCUAUGUGCCCACAUUGACUGCUGAACAUAGCAUAAGUCUUAUACACAACAAAUUUUAGCUUUACUUACUAAUUAGAUCUAUUUACCAGUAGUCCACCUAUCUGUUUUAUCCAGGCUGUUGCUGGUCAUCUUCUCACUGGCGUCUGAGAACUCUCAC